UCGUCAUCGAAAUCGGGACCGUAAAGAUAAAAAUAAAAAAUAGCAAACAACAUCGAAAAUAAAACAAUGGGCGCCACAAACAGCAAGCCACAAACCGUGCAAAUGGUAAAUCCUGCUCCAUUUCAGGUAACAGCGGACGUGGUGCAACGUAUUGAAAGAGCCACAAAAGUUGGGGAUACACCAUAUUGUGAGAAUUGCAAACGUCAAGCUGUGAUGCACACCCAAGGACAAAGCUCGUCAAUCACUUCCACUCCCAGCAGCAGUUGCUCCACGGUGUCCCCAGAUGCCAAUUCUGCUGAUGUUGCAGUCGGCAAACCUUCUCUACUCCAGCAUCAGCAUAAUCAGGCAACCACUGAGAUUCCAUUCCAACGACGAUCCAGCGAGAUCGAGGAAACCCAGUUCAGCAAGACUCUGGAUCGUGUUAACAAGUUGUUUGGUAAUCCAGUGAAAUGGGCUAAGGAGUGCUCGGGAGAUAUAGAAAAUCUUGAGAAUGAGCUAAUAGCUUGCUACAAGGAGUACGGAAGUGAACCACUACAGUGUGCCGGCUUGGCCAAGCGCUACCAUGGAUUUGUGUUCGGAAGACAUUUCGAAGCCAUGAGAGAAAUCAAGCCAAUGCGUCAGGAGAAUGAAAAAGAGAAAAAGAAAUAAAUUGCAAUUAUAUGCUAAUACACAUAUUUAUGUGCACGCAA